GCACGUGAAGCCGCUUAGCCCCCCGGUACUUUAUAAUAUUAUUAUCUUUUUGUUCUCAAACUGCUCAUAUCUGCUAUACAUGUAUUUUCGGAGAGGUGAAGCAAUUAGUUGGAAGAAAUACAUACAACAUGUUUCCACUCAUAAUUCUGAUCAGCUUUUCACUUACUUCCCUCUCUGCUACUGCUACUAGUGGAGCAGAAGGAGGAGCUACAAGUCUUUCAACCUGUUUAAUCAACCACAAUAUCCAUAACUUCUCUAUUUACCCCACAAGGAAUGAUCCAAAUAGUAAUUACUUUAACUUGCUCGACUUCUCCAUUCAAAAUCUUCGAUUUGCUGCAUCUUACAUGCCGAAACCAACGUUCAUUAUCCUACCAAGCAGCAGGGAGGAGCUCGUGAGCACCAUUUUUUGUUGCAGAAAAGCAUCUUAUGAAAUCAGAGUAAGGUGCGGCGGACACAGUUACGAGGGAACAUCUUGCGUUUCCUUUGACGGUUCCCCGUUCGUGAUCGUUGACUUGAUGAAAUUAGACGACGUUUCAGUAGAUUUGGAUUCCGAAACUGCUUGGGCCCAGGGCGGCGCAACAAUUGGCCAAAUUUAUUACGCCAUUGCCAAGGUAAGUGACGUUCAUGCAUUUUCAGCAGGUUCGGGACCAACGGUAGGAUCUGGAGGUCAUAUUUCUGGUGGCGGAUUUGGACUUCUAUCUAGAAAAUUCGGACUUGCUGCUGAUAAUGUCGUUGACGCUCUUCUUAUUGAUGCUGAGGGACGGUUAUUAGACCGAAAAGCUAUGGGAGAAGACGUGUUUUGGGCAAUCAGAGGUGGCGGCGGUGGAAAUUGGGGAAUUGUUUAUGCCUGGAAAAUUCGAUUACUCAAAGUGCCUAAAAUCGUAACAACUUGUAUGAUCUAUAGGCCUGGAUCCAAACAAUACGUGGCUCAAAUACUUGAGAAAUGGCAAAUAGUUUCUCCAAAUUUGGUCGAUGAUUUUACUCUAGGAGCACUCCUGGGACCUGCAGGUCUACCGGCGGAUAUGAAAUAUGGUAAUAGUACUCCUAUUGAAAUACUUGCCCAAUUCAACGCGCUUUAUUUGGGUCCAAAAGCUGAAGCUCUUUCCAUAUCAAAUGAGAAACUUCCGGAGCUAGGCGUUAAGAAUGAUGAGUGCAAGGAAAUGACUUGGGUAGAGUCAGCACUUUACUUCUCCGAAUCAGCUGACUUUAGCGGAAACUCCUCUGGUGAUAUCUCCCGUCUGAAAGAACGUUACAAUAUGGACGCAAAAGGUUUCUUCAAAUGCAAAACGGACUAUGUGAAGAAGCCAGUUUCAAUGGAUGGGAUGCUAACAUUUCUUGUUGAACUCGAGAAAAACCCGAUGGGAUACCUUAUCUUCGAUCCUUAUGGCGGAGCCAUGGACAAGAUUAGUGAUCAAGCUAUUGCUUUCCCUCAUCGUAAGGGUAACCUUUUCGCGGUUCAAUAUUAUGUACAGUGGAAUGAAGAGGACGAUGCCAAGAGCAACGAGUACAUAGAGUGGUUAAGAGGAUUUUACAAUAAAAUGGCGCCUUUUGUUUCAAGCUCGCCAAGGGGAGCUUAUAUCAACUACUUGGAUAUGGAUCUUGGAGUGAAUAUGGACGACGACUACUUACUGCGAAAUGCUAGUAGUCAUUAUUCUUCCUCUGUUGAUGCUGUGGAGAGAGCUAGAGCAUGGGGUGAAAAGUAUUUCUUGAAUAACUAUGAUAGGUUGGUUAAAGCUAAGACAAAAAUUGAUCCACUAAAUGUUUUUCGACAUGAACAGAGUAUACCUCCUAUGCUUGGUUCAACGCAAGAGCAUAAGUAUAGUAGUGAAUGAGAUAUCAACUGUACUGCUAGGGGUGCAUGCACAAGGGUGGAAGCAGUGUCAUGCAUCCGACGGCGCUUCGCAGAAAAAAUAUAAAAUAUUUAUACUAAUAUUAUAUAAAAAUAAAGCAAUAUAUAAUAAUGGCACCGAUUAUUCCUAGCAAAGAGUACUUCUUGGUUCAUUGGUCAAGCUCAUAUUUGGGCUUGUAAAGGCCGUAGGUUCAUGGAUGGACCUUGAUAUUCUAUUUUUUGAAUAUUUUUGAGUGAACAAUUUUUGUUAAAAAAAUUGAGGCUAAAGAGAAUUGAACUUACACUUCUGUUUGUAAUAAUAGAAAUGAGGAUGUUAAGAUGGAUGUGUAGGCAUACCAGAAAAGACAAUAUCAGGAAUGAAGUCAUUAGAGACAAGGUGGCAGUAGCUCCCAUGGAAAACAAGUUGCGGGAAUCGAGGCUGAGAUGGUUCGGUCAUCUAAAGAGGCCGAUCAGAAGGUGUGAGAGGUUGACCGUGGCGGGUCAGAGGAGGGGUAGAGGGAGGCCUAAGAAGUACUGGGGAGAGGUGAUUAAGUAGGAUGUGACACUACUUCAGUUUACCGAGGACAUGACCCUCGAUAGAAAAGUGUGGAGGUCUAGAAUUAAGGUUGUGGGUUGACAAGUAGUCGAGAAUUUCUCCUUGUCCUACUAAUAGUAUUAGCACUAGUCUUGUAUUUUCCUAUUCCUAGUUCCUUGUUACUACACGGUGCGUUACUAUUACCAGUAGUUGGCAAUAGUAUUGUAUUCUUGUAUUCCUUGAUCUUGGUUAUUACAUGUUUUGCCAUUUGCUUC